AUGUUUAUCAAAUAACCUUAACAAAAACUACAAACAAGAUCAAUAUCAAAUGCAUCAGGACAUUCAAAUGGAAGAAUGUCUGUAAUGCCUUCAAUGUAAAACAAUACAAUAAAUGCAAUUUGGGAUAUCAAUCAAAUAGGAUAGGAAUUAGAUUGUCAUGAUGAUCCAAUAUUAAAUGAAGCCUUAGAGUUGAUUAACAACCGACAAGUGAAUUAAGCAAUUCUUCUUUUGAAUUAAAGUACACUUCAAUACUAAAUUAAUUCUAGUGAUAGCAGACGGAAAAAAAUAUCUAGGGUAACAAUCACAGGUUUAAGUAAUUACAAAAGUUACUUUACUGAUAUGUUCUAGUGCAAUGUCUAUUCUUGAAAAUGAUCCUGCAUCUGCCUUAUUGCUAUUAUUGGGAUGCGAUUAAAUGUUUAAAGGAUUAUCACCAAAAUAACAAGGGUAUUUGAGAGUUCAAAUUCUCAAUGGAUUAGGUUGCUACUAUAGAAGAGUUGGAUAAUUGGAAAAAGCAUUAAAGGAAUUAGAAUGUGCUUUGGCAGUUAUAAGAAAAUAUAACUUAAAAGAAGUUGCUGUGACACAUCUGAAUUUAUCUGUCGUAUUAUCAUUAGUCGAGGAGUAUAUAUAAUUGUAUAUUAAUAUAAAGACAUGAAGGAGCUUUAGAGAAUGCAAAGAAAGCAGUUACAGAAAGUCAUAAAGAAUAUCAAUAUUAUAUCAAGAAUCAUGUUUCUAUGCAGAAUUUUAAAUUUCAACGUUGUGUUAGUGCAUUGGCUAUAUCCUUUUAUAAUGUGGGAGUUUAAGAAUAACAUUUCUAAAAAUAUUAAUUUGCUUUGCAAGCAUAUGCAUCAGCUUUUAAAGUUGCUGAAGAUAAUCUAGGAAUACAUCAUUACCUAACAAUUCAAUUGAAAGCUAUUUAUGAAGAAUUUGCUAGAUAAUUAGCUAUAGCUGAAGCAUAAAAAAUUGCUAUUACCUCUUUAAAUCAUAAAUUUUAAAUUAGAGCUAAUGUUACAAGUCAAUAUGCACAAAGUGUCUUAAGAAACAAACCAACAGACAUUACUAAAAAAGUAACUGAUAGAUUAUUUUAAUCAGAAACUAAAAGAAUGGUAAAUUCCUAAAGACCUUAAUCAGCUAUUAUGAAUUUGAAUUAAACAUAAAAAUUAAAAGCUUUUGAAAUUACCAAAAAGGAAGCAUUUACUAUUAAAAAGUAAAUGUCAGCGACUAAUAGAACUUUAAAUUAACUUAGUGAAGAGAAUUUAAAGACAGACACCGAAAUUGCUGAAAAAGCAAAAGCUUUAUAAAAUGACAUAGAAAACCUAAGAAUCGUAAAUAUAAUUCACUAUAUAAUUAGUUAGCUUAAAAAGAGCAAGAAGAAUUAAAACUUAUUUAAGAUUAAAAAUAAAAAGAACUAUAAAGAUUAGAAGCUUUUCGUUAUAUGAAUUAAUAAAUUCAAUAACAAAAACAAUAAAAGAAUGUUCCAUAAACAUCCAGGGAAAUCAAGAAAUCAUUUGAAUAAUAAAAAUAAAUAUUUAAUACUGAUCCUUUUAUCCAAGAAUAAUUAGAUGAUAGUGAACCAUAACCUCUUGUUGCUGUUUAAACUCUUAAUAAUAAAGAAUCAAAUGAUAUCGAGGAGGAAUAAUAUUUGACACAAGAAAAAUCUGCUGAUAAAAAUAUAAAAAAUGAAAUCAAUUAAGAUUAUGAUAAAAAAAGAUCUUCUAUGACACAAGAUGAAACAUUACAAAGUUUUACUAAAAAAUUAGAUUAUGAUUAAGAAUCUUCAAGUAAAAAUAAUUUUGGUUAAUAAAAUAUAUCCUGCAAACAGAUUGAUGAUCUCGAAGAAAUUGUUGAAGAUAUUAAUGAAGUUAAUUAAUAAUAAAAUUAAUUAAUUGUAGAAAAUAAUGUUGAAGAUAUCAUUAAAUAAAAAGCUCAAAAACUUGAUGAAGAGUAAAAACUUUAAAAUAUUAUUUCUAUUUAAAAAUUUUGGAAAUCUAGCAAUUAAAAUAUGAAAUUAAGACUUUAAAAAAUAAGAUCUAAGUAUUAAUAAUCACUUGAACAUACUUAUAUUAAAAUUAAAGAUCAAAAUGAUUUGAUUCAUAAUGGUUACUUGUUUAUAGCUUGGAAUGUAAAUCAAAUAUCAUAAAUUGAUUUGAUAUUCUAUGAUUUAUACACCUUAAGAAAAUCAAGUAGAAAAAGUAAUGAUAUAUCCUAAAAAUUGAACCAUAUCUUCAUUUUAAGUUUAAGUUCUAACUUUUAAGUAAACUAAGAAUAAAUUAUAUAAUUUUUAGAUGAAUUGCUACCAUUUAUUACUAUGAACUCUUCUUAACUAAUUCUUAAUUCAAUUGAUCAUUACAUCUAAUUUAAAUUAAAAAAUAGUGAGAAUCAAAUUAGAUUUGAUUUUAAUUUAUCAAAAUUUGAAUAAAUAUAAUCUAAAUUGGAAGAUAAUUAACAAAAUUAUAAUACUCCUGUUACUCUUGCAGAUAUAUAAUAAUUUAAUUCAGAUUCAAUUGUAGUUAAUAAGGCUGCUCACACUACUCCAGAUUAAAUCUUUUCUAAGGUAGAACCUUUUCAAGAUGUUCCAUUAGUUUAAGAAUAGAUUGAUGAAGAAGAGUAUAUCAAAAAGAACUCAAAUAGCUAAGUUGAAUCUGUAAAAUAAGAAUUAAAUGAAGAAGAACAAAAUUAAAAUAGUGAUGGAUAUGCAGAAAAGGAAAACUCUGGUGAUGAAAGAAUCAAUCAAACUGGACAAUUCAAUAAUAAUAUAUUUUCAUCCCAAGGGUUGUUAUCAGAAUAAGAAUUUGAUAAAAAUGAAGAAGUUAAUUUAAAAUAGAAAUAAAAUAAUUAAUAGAUUGAAACAAAUCAAAAUUUAGAUUUUACACUUUAAUAUAAUUAAUUAAGUGGUAAUAAUUCAAUGGUAGGAUCUUUGAAUAUUGUUGAAACAGAAAGUUCCAAUUAAUAAUUAACAAUUUUCCAAAAUAAUGGAAAUAAAGAAAAAGUAUCAGCAAAUAACACAAUUAUAGAAGAAGAUGAAGAAGAAAAGAAAGAAUUGGAAGUUAAUGAAAAUCAAGUUGGAGAAAGUAGAAAUAAAAACAAUUAAGUUUUUAAUGGAACUCAUAAUUAAACAUCUAAAAAUGAAAUAUCACAGAAUAAUCUUGAAGUUGGUGAGAAAUCUGAUUGCUAAAGUUAAAAAUCUCAAUCGUAAAUUGAUAGUUAAACAUCUAUAGAACAAAAGCACUAAACCUAAACUUAAGAGAUUCCUAAUGAUGAAAAGAAAAUGUAUGGGAAAUAAGUAAGUCUGCAAUUGCCGGAUUUAAUGAGAGAUGAUAUUAGUUAAAGUUCAGAAGAGGAAAGUAUGAUAUUUUUCAAUAUUUUUUACUAGUGUCACUAACAAAUAAUUAUACUUUUGAAAAAGUAGGAACAAUUACAGGAAUUAAUAAAUGCGAUGGAUCACUGAUUUAGAUCAACAUCUUUAUUAACAAGGCAUAAGAGUUAUUUUAAGCUAAAGCUGAAGAUUUUUAAGUAAAAUCUAUUUACUUUAAAGUUGAAAAUGUUAAGAAAACACUUAAAAAACCUUAAAAAUAUUUGAAAGGUUAUUUGGUGAAUUGGCAUUAAAAAAAUGUUUUAAAAGUUUAUACAAAAGCUCAUGAAAAAGCAGUAAUUAAACUUUAGAAGAAAUUUAAAUUUGAUCAUUAUAGAAGACAUAUAACAUUUAAAUUAGCUAAAUCAAAUAUUGAGGGAAGUUUAUAUGUAGGAUCUAGAAAAUAAGUAAUAUUUUUAGCAAUAGAAACAAAAAGUACUUAAUAAAGAAAUUCAUAUACAUUCAAAAAUGAAAUUUAUAGCUAGUUUGUAAAUAGAAUUUCUUUUAGGGUUCUUAAUAAUUUAAAAUAUUCUGAAGAAAAAGGUAUUUAUUUACUUCAAGAGCCACAACAUAGAAUACUGGCAUAAAAUUUAUAAUGUAACUAUAUAUGAAUAAUUUAAAGCUAAAAUAUUUAAGUUAUUAAAACCAGAAAAUGCAUUUGAAUUUAUAGGAUUUGGAUUAUUAAAUGGUAUAUACGACUCUGUGCAUAAAAAAAUCAUAAUUGCAAGUGAUAAUCGCAAAACUUAGCCAUCAUAAAUUGAUAUACCAAAAUCCAUAUAAGGGGAUCAAUUAGUUUAGUUUGCUUAAAAUCUAUUGAAUAGAGUAUAAAAAACAUAUAUUAUUAGUCUUUUAUAAUUUAAUCUAACAAUGAAACCUGUGUUGUUUACUAUGAAGAAAAAGAUGAAGAUCAAGUAAAGAUAAUCUAAAAUAAAAUAUUUAAUUAUUAAACCAUUAGAAAGAUGAUAAUUAAUUACAAUAGAAUACAUAAUGGUAAAAUAGAAUAAGAGGAAGUAACAAUUGAAUUGUAAAGAAAAUUAAAAAAAUAUUUUGGAAUAUUAUGUUAAAAUAAAUUUUAUAUGAUUGGGAAAUUGGAGGAGAAAUCAAUAAAAUUUUUAAUAACGAAUUUUAAAAGGAUUAUAAGUACCUUUAUAAUCCAUGAGAAUGAUCAAGUAGAAUUAGACAUUGAUUCUAUUAAAGAUUUUGUAACUGACGGUGAAUUUACUAAUUUAUUGAGAAUGGAUCUUAAAAGUGUGAUUCAAUAAAUCUGA